AUGUGGGCACAGAGUAUGCAGAGGACACCGCUCAGUCUGGUCCUCGGACUCCUGUUCCUGAGCACGGCGGCCACAGGCAAGUGCUCAGGCAAGUACCAGGACCUCCUCCUGCAGCUCCAACGUCAGGCGGACCUCAUGCAGGACACCAGCACGCUUCUGGACCCCUAUAUCCGCAUCCAAGGUCUGGACAAGCCAGGACUGAAGGGGCACUGCCGGGAGCACCCCGGGGCCUUCCCCAGUGAGGAUGCCCUGCGGGGGCUCAGCAGGCAGGACUUCCUGCGGACCCUCAACACCACGCUGGGCCUCGUCCUGCACAGACUGACCGCCCUGCAGCAGGACCUCCCUGAAGCCCAGCACCUGGCGAGGCUGAACAUCCGCGGGUUCAGGAGUAACCUCCACUGCAUGUCUCAGGUGCUGCGCGGCUCGUCGGAGGCAGAGACACCUGAGCCCACUCAGCCGGUCCCGGGGCCCACGCCGCCGCCCACGCCGCCCUCAGACGCCUUCCAGUACAAGCUGAAGGGCUGCAGAUUCCUGCGCGGCUACCAUCGUUUCAUGCACUCGGCGGGGCAGGUCCUCCGGGCGUGGGGGGAGGGCCGGAGCCGGAGCCGGAGACACAGCCCCCAGCUGGCCCUGCAGACGGGGGCCCAGAGGCUGCGGCCCUUCCGGAGGGACAGGAGACUCAUGCCCAGGGGCCAGCCGCCCCGGUAG